AUGGAGUGGGGUAGAGACUUUGGCUCCCAGGAGGCCCCGUCCACCAAAGAAGCUCUUCAGGUCCCAGGCCCCCAGGGGGCUGUGGGAGGAACAAGGGGGCACCUCCCUAGCUCCUGUGGCCUCUCAGCCCCUCCGGGCCUGCUCCUGAAUCCAGGACCAGAAGCUGCUCAGAGACCAGGGAGGAGGCCACGGCAGUUCCUGGGCCUGGAGAAGAAGGAAAAAGGCCGAGGCCUUGCCUUCCACAAAGCGCCAGUGACUGUGGGCAGCUUCCAAACCGUCGCCCGAAAGCCAAGCCAGAAGGCACGUGCAGGGGCCCACCCGGAGCAGGCCAGGAGAGAUCUGGGCCACGCCAGGCCCCCAGGCCCCCACCCAGGCUCCCGCAGACUCCCUGUGCACCUCCAUAAGGGUCCCCUAGCCCCCUCCCCAGUUCCUGCAGGAGUCCAGGGAACAAAGAAAGCCGCCACCGGGCUGGGCUUCCGGGGGCCACCACUGACCCGGGGUGACGAGCCACAAAGCCCCCGGGGGCCAACGUGCUGGCCGUGGCAGGCCCCUUCGAAACCAGAGGCUCGGGCUGCCCCUGGCCCCGGAGACUUCCAGCACAGGCCCCAUGGAUCCCCAGGCACCGAGUGCUCGGCCUGCCCGCGGGGCUGCCAGCUGGACGGGAGGUCACCCGUGGCCCAGCUUCCCUUUAAACCAGGUCGCUUAAAGAGAAAUCGAAAGCGGCAGCGGACAGGAGCCAGCUGUCCGGCUAUCCAGCUGUCCGGCUGGGGGGAGGUCCUCACGCCCCCCCCCCCCCCCACCCCCCCCCACGCCCCGGCCCACCCGGCCCCGCCCCCCCCCCGCCCCCCCCCCGCCCCCCCCUUACUUUUUGGUGCAGUCCAGCAGGAUGCCCGUGAAGCUCCGAUCGCCGCAGCUCAGGGUGACCACGAGCGUGUCCACAUUCACGAUCUGCUCCACCCGCACCGGCAGCCGGCAGCCCACCCGCAGCUCCGGGGCGCCCGGCUCCAUGCCGGGGUGCCCGGGGCGCCCGGGGCCUCUCGGGCCGGCUCGGCUCGGCUAGAGCGGGGGCCGGCGCGCUGA